AAAGUAAAUUACACUUGUUUUCGUCUAUUCCAAGAUGUCUCUAGUAUCGAGAUCAAGCUUUCGGGCAUUUCAAGCUCGAUUGAUCCGAGAACAUGUCAAACGUUCCCAAACUAAGCGGUUUUCUACCGGCAAUAGGCUUGGUAAUGCACAACAACCACUUAAUGAAUACCAACAACACAUGUUAAAGGAGAUCACUAUGUACAAGCGGGUGUCGUACGGGUUCCUGUUCCCAUUCCUUGCUCUGUACUCUUACUACAUCGCAACCAAUCAUCAUGACAUCAAACCUCUACCGGACUAUCCUUACUUCCGUAUAAACACAAAGCCUUUUCCCUGGGGUGAUGGAAGGACGCCGCUGUUUAACUACAAGAUCAUAAAAGCAGGCAACCAAGAGCACUUUGGUCACCUCAAGACCCGCGAGGAGGAGGAGGAGGAAUAAACAGACCGUGUAGAAAUGUGUGAUACACAUAGUGGACUUGAACCUCAGAGUGGUCAUUCUUAAAUAUUUGUAAACAGAAAAGUGAUGAACAUUAAAGGAAACUGGCUUUGAGUAACACCUUUUUUUCUUGAUUGAUAAUCUGUUAUAUUAGUAUUCUGAAAUAAGUAAACAUUAUUUAGUGUGUUUAAAAAUAAACAAACUGUAAAAUGUA